AUGGAGACCACCGAGAAGGUCUUCCUCGAUAUCCAGAGGAAGCGACGCAAGCAAGUGAAGACUAAAGCCAAGGAAACAGGUCAAUGGAAAUGCUGCAUGUUUAAAAUUGUGCGCAAGAACCGUUACUGUAAUAUCUCCAGAGUACCUGGCUCGCUGUUCUGUGGCAAUCAUUUACCCAUUACGGAUGCCAUUGCAAGUAAAAAGUCACAGAAGUAUAAGAUUACUACGCGGCAUCGUAUCCCGUGUCCUGUGGAUGCAUCGCACACUAUCUACGAGUACGAUUUGGCCAAGCACGUGCUGGUAUGCAAUCGAGUUAAAGACGCUGAUAUUAUGAAGAAAUUGCCAUAUUACAGCCACAAUAUCAAUUCUGGGACUCAUUGCACAAGUGAAGAUGAGGAUAAAAUGUCAGUUAAUACUGCAAGACAGCAAGAAAUUGCUACUGAGAAGGAAGAAGAGAGCGACCAUUUGAUACCAUCAACAAAGGACCAGCAAGGUAUCAUUGACAAAUUACUUGCUGUUGACUUUGCGGAACUACGCAGCCUGCUGCGAUCAGCUUUUGGAAAAAAGAAAAAAGCAGGUGCAUCUAGAAACUUGUUGCGGCACAUUGAACAACAAGCAUCAAUUAUCGGACACAUGGAGCAAGUGAAACUGCUGCAAGACUCGAAUGCAGCGUUUGUGGAGCUUGGUGCUGGACGAGGAAUGCUAUCGUUAGCACUGGCUCAGAUGUUCCCAGAAAGUCUGUACGUGUUGAUUGAUCGAGCGCAUACGCGAGGCAAAGCUGAUCGGUUUAUUGGUGGUGAGGGCAAGGAUGAAGAAGCUGCAAAGGUAAACUCUACUACGUUGCGUGCGAAGAUCGAUCUUCGUCAUCUGAACUUUGCUGGCAUGCCAGAAAUUCUAGACAAACCCGUCGUGUGCAUGUCUAAGCAUCUGUGCGGGGUAGCCACUGACCUAUCUUUACGAGCUAUCGCUCAAACAAUUCCUGAGACCAAUAGUGUUAAAGCGCCUGCAGGUAAAAGCAAGCCCGCUUCUGUCAGCUCUCGCUUUCAGGGUUUGGCGAUUGCACUUUGCUGUCAUCACGUGUGUGCGUGGAAGGACUACGUGAACCCGGCGUUCUUUCAAGCCCACGGAUUCAAGGCUGAGGAAUUUAAACUGCUUACUAGCAUGACGUCUUGGACCACCUGCGGCAUGGGCCUCGAAGGCGAUGCAGUUGAGCACAUUCUUGGUAUCAGUAAAGAUGAUCGAGCACUUUUGGGACGAAAAUGCAAGCGCAUCAUAGAUGCCGGGCGCGCAGCGUAUCUAGAGCAUUUCGGAAUGAAGACACGUCUUGUUCACUACUGUGACACCAACGACAGUCUCGAAAACUGCCUGCUGCUUGCAUGGCGAUAA